AUGAAUAAAAUUAAUAACAAUAAUAAUAAUAUUCAUAAAUUAAUAAAAAGUUUAAAAAUAGGAAAUAAUGAUAGAAUAAAUAACAAUAAUAAUAUUAUUAACAAUAAUAAUAUUAUUAAUAAUAAUAAUAAUGAUUUAUUAAUUGAAGAUGAUUAUUUUAAUGGAUUAUUAUCAACAUCACCAUUACCAUCACAAUUUAAUCAACUUUCGUCAUCACCACCAUCAAUUAAUAGUUCAUUAGAAUCCAUACCAAUGUCUCCAAUAAGAAUCCAAAGUAAUAAUGUUUGUCCAGGUGCACCAAUAAAACCAAAGAAAUAUUUACUUCCAAAAAGUAAUUAUAAUCUACCAAGACAAAGAUUAGUUUUUACAGAGUGUGUUGGUAGUGGUAGUGGUAGUGAUAGUAGUAGUGGUAGUACAAGUUCUCCAAAUACUGUUAAUAAUUAUAAUAGUGACGAUGAAUCAAAUGCUGCCGUAGUAAGUUUCUCUCCAAAAGUUUCUAAAAAAUUAUCACAAUCUUCUGUUCAAUUCAUACCAUCUUCUUCUUUUAGACAAAUGGAUAGCCCAUCUGGUAAUCAAAAUGUUCCUGUAUUUAAUUCUCCAAAAGCAAGAAAAAGAUUAGUCUUUUAA